UGGCCAUGUCUGCAUGAUGCUUGUUAUGUGUGCAGUAUAUAAACGUAUAUAUGGACAGCGUUACAUCGGACCAGCGUCUGUACUUUGUCAAUGCCUAAAGUCUUCACGUAUCUUUCUAAUUUAGUCGCGUAAUUCUAUUGGAACGGGAUGCUUCACUGCGGACCAGCAGUAUUCCUCUUCAGGCAUCUCCUUUUUCUUUACCAGUGGCCCACAUCUGGAGUAACUAAUUAAUAAACGCUCCUGAUCUGAUUUGUCUUUGCCUUUGUCCAGGGUAUGAAAAAAGUUCAAUGUUCAGAGUACGGGUACUCCAGCACCAGGAACCGCUCUGCUAUUAUUAUAUCAUCAGAUUUCUUCUCCAGGCUGUGGUUCCUUUCUUCAGGGACGUUCCCGUGCAAUAAUGGCUUGUAAAAUUUUAUUAAACAAGGCAAUGUCUCCAUAAAAAGUCACGCUCUAUGCUUAUUGUGUGUAUGUGCGUUUGCGUAGCCACUUCUUGCUCCGAAAUUAUGGAGUCUACCCGAGGAACUUAGCCAGUGCUUUCUUAUUGGAGGCCUCGAACGAGGUUCCCAACCACGAUCGAAAAGUAUAUGACAUGGUGUAUCCUUAAAGGCAGACGUUUCGUAUUUUGUUGUCUAGCCUGCGUUGACGCACUUGAUCUAACUAAUCAGCCAGUUGACGGGUCUUUCCCGAGUCGACAUGCAGGGGUUCUGCAGGACCACGGUUGGGAACCGCUGGCCUAGCUUUAACCUUAUGUCACGCAUGACCGCUCUGCGUCACUGGAUCGUGGUUCAGUCUGACUGGACCUGCGGUCGUUGGUUCCUUCCCGUCGUGAUGGUUUGUGGUCUCGAGCACCCAUCGUAAUAUACUAUGAUGCAUUGUUUGGUCGCGUCGCACACGAUGAACUGAUGGUGUUCGACGACUUACACUUUCGCCUCCUUUUAAUUAUUUACACGUAGCAGUCACGCGAUUUUCUUCGUUACGCCUCGGACGAGUGAGCCAGAUGUUCUGGCAACGCAGCUGUGAGACUUUUAUAUAUUAACCAGCACAUGUUGCACAUAGCGACGGCUUAAGUAAUACCCCAGGGAGUGACGCUGGUGAUUUCAGUCUGAAAGUAUGUCCUAGUGAAGGCAUUAAAAGUCUCACGCUGUUUAUUCUCCCUCCCUCGCCUUCUCUCUUUCAGUCCUCAGUCCUCUCGGGAUGUUCCCAGUAUGCAUUCCUCGCCGUUCCGCGACUAUGACACCCGGCGAGCACCGCACACUUCCUUCGUUCUUUUCCCUGCGCCGUAUAUCCCGUCAAGUCCCACACAGGGACUCGUACAGCCGACGUUCCAUGACAGCAGUGCGAACAGUGAUACGGUGAAGGUUUCUGUAAGGUGACCCUCGCUAAAGGUUUCUGGAAGGAGCCUCCAGUGUCAGUGCGUCCCAAACGCCAGCGAAGCUGGGCAGCGGUAUGCAGUGUGAAGAAGGCACCGAGUGGCUCCUGGAGCUGCUGAUGGAGGUGCAGCUGCAGCAGUAUUUCCUGCUCAUCCGCGACGACCUCAACGUCACGCGCCUGUCGCACUUCGACUACGUCAAGAACGAAGACCUCGAGAAGAUCGGCAUGGGUCGACCCGGACAGAGACGGCUGUGGGAGGCGGUGAAGAGGAGAAAAGCGAUGUGCAAGCGCAAGUCUUGGAUGAGUAAGGUGUUCAGCGGGAAGAGGCCAGACGGAGAUUUUCAGCCGCAGGCGACCAGCACUUUCCGGAAGCUUUCGGGCACUCCUCCACCUACAGACGGCCAGCAGCAGGCCCUCACCUGCCUGAUCGGCGAGAAGGAGCUGGUGCUGUGCGAGAAGCUCGGAGACGGUUCGUUUGGCGUGGUGAAGCGUGGAGAGUGGGUCACCCCAGGGGGGAAAGUGUUGAACGUGGCGGUGAAGUGUCUGAAGACGGACGUCCUGAACCAGCCGGACGCUCUGGACGACUUCAUCCGCGAGGUCAACGCCAUGCACUCGCUCGACCACCAGAACCUCAUCCGUCUCUACGGAGUCGUCCUCACGCACCCCAUGAAGAUGGUGACGGAGCUGGCUCCUCUCGGCUCUUUGCUGGACCGCUUGCGGAAGACCCAGGGCCACUUCCUCAUCUCCACGCUGUGCCAGUACGCCAUCCAGAUCGCUAACGGUAUGGCCUACCUGGAGACCAGGCGCUUCAUUCACCGCGACCUAGCUGCCCGCAACAUCCUGCUGGCCUCCAACGAGCUCGUCAAGAUCGGCGACUUCGGCCUGAUGAGGGCGCUGCCCAACAACGACGAUCAUUACGUCAUGCAGGAGCACCGCAAGGUCCCUUUCGCCUGGUGUGCCCCAGAGAGCCUGAAGACACGCACGUUUUCCCACGCUACGGACACGUGGAUGUUCGGGGUGACCCUGUGGGAGAUGUGCACCUACGGUCAGGAGCCGUGGCUCGGCCUCAACGGCAGUCAGAUCCUCCAUAAGAUCGACAAGGAGGGCGAGAGGCUGCCGAAGCCCGAGGACUGUCCCCAGGACAUCUAUAAUGUCAUGCUGCAGUGCUGGGCGCAGAAACCCGACGACAGGCCUACGUUCGUGGCUCUCCGAGAGUUCCUGAUGGAGACCAUGCCGACCGACAUGAGGGCGCUGCAGGACUUCGACGAGCCCGACAAGCUGCACAUCCAGAUCAACGACGUCAUCACCAUCAUCGAGGGCAGGGCAGAGAAUUAUUGGUGGCGAGGGCAGAACAAGAGCACAAUGAAGGUGGGUCAGUUCCCCAGGAACGCGGUCACUUCGGUAGCCGGACUGUCUGCUCACGACAUCAGCCGGCCUCUGAAGAACAGCUUCAUCCACACGGGCCACGGAGACUCCAACCCUCAGCGCUGCUGGGGCUUCCCGGAUCGGAUAGACGAUCUGUAUCUGGGGAACCCCAUGGACCCUCCGGAUGUCCUCGGGCUGGAUCUGAAUGCUCCCAGGCCCACGCAGCUUCCCGGGCGAGCCAAAAAGGAUCCUCCCCCUCGGCCCCCUCAGCCUUCUGCGCUCACGAACAAGCCAAACUACGACCCAGUUACAGAGGACCUGACGUCCUCCGGUCUGAGGCGCCUCUCGUUAAAAAAGCCCAGCACAAAAGGCCUGAAACUGAAACCGUCAGCUUGGGUUUCAGCCACCAGGCUGAGCGAUCGCUCCAUUUAUGGCCUCCGAUCUCCAGGAAGUGGUACUCCCACGGAGGUCUCUCUUAUAGACUUUGGAGAGGAAAUGUUCUCCUCUACCCCCUCUCCUGUUGUAGAGUCCCAAGUCCCUAGUCUCGCUCGGUUGGCCCUGGAGGCUGAGAAUAUCUUGGAUUGUACCCCACCCCAGAGUCCGUCCCGGUCUCUGCCUCGGCCGCUCCACCCCACACCGGUGGUAGACUGGGACUCGAGACCUCUUCCUCCUCCUCCAGCGUAUGAUGACGUAGCACAGGACGAAGACGACAUCGAGGUGAGCUCGAUCAACAGCACAGAGAUGAGAGUUCCCGACGAACCAGGCUCUCCGUAUGCUCCCUGUACUCCUGCGUACGAAGACAGACUCCGAGUAGACAAUGAUCUCUUCCUCCCCUGCAAGCAGAGCCGAUCUCACACCUUCUCACAAUCGGCCGAGAUCUUCCAGGAGCUCCAGCAGGAGUGCAUGAGGCGUCUGAACGUCCCCGUAGGCUCCGUGAGUCCUGAUCCCUACCGCCAGAUCUUCCUGUCGACCUGCGAAGACAAGCCCCAGGUCCCACCUCGAGUCCCGAUCCCACCUCGACCUCCAAAAAGCACGGGAAGCGACUGUGCCCGCUGGUCACGUGACCUGUCUCCAGCCUCGUGCGGGGAGGACGAGAAGGAGCGUCCGCCCCAGAUCCCCCCGAGGGAUCCGCUGUCUCAGCCGGGCUCUCGCACGCCUAGCCCCAUGAACCGUACCACACACUACCUCUCCACCUCGCCAGGCAAACUGAUGCCCACCACGCAGAGCUUUGCCUCUGACCCCAAAUACGCCGCGCCCAAAGUCAUUCAGGCCCAAGGCAAAGACAAGGAAGCAACCAAAGGACCCUGCAUACUGCCCAUCGUCCGAGACGGCAAGAAAGUCAGCAACACGCACUACUACCUGCUGCCCGAGAGGCCCACGUACCUAGACCGCUACGACAAGUUCUUCAAAGAGGCUGAAGAGGACGAGAGGAGGCCGGUCAACACGGCCACGGUCCGACCCAUGGUGCAACACCAGGGAGACACAAAAUCGAACUUCUCCUGCAAUAAUAACUGCAGCCUUCCUGCCAGAGCAGGAAUUACGAACUCCCUGAGCCUGAACAAAGUCAUCACUGAAGGCCUGGGCAGCAGGGCGGAAGGAGCCGCUCACCCUGAAAGAGUUAAACUGGUGCAGGAGGCGGUGCACGGAGUGACGAUUGAGGAGUGUCAGACGGCCCUGCAGAACCACAGCUGGAACAUGCAGAAGGCUGUGCACUAUCUGAAGGUCGAGCAGCUCUUCUGUCUGGGUCUGAAGUCCAGGGUGGAGUGUCAUAAGAUCCUGGAGAUGUGUGACUGGAACCUGGAGCUGGCCAGCACUCAGCUUUUAGACUCUUACGGCUCCGUCAAACAGACGCGAUGAGGAAACUCCACAGACGAGCACGUCUUCAUCUUCGUCCUCAUCCUCCCCUCAUCAGAGACUGAACUGAAUGUCGUUGUCUAGAGAACACUAGGAACGGGGGUCUCCCUCUCCCAAAGCUCGCGUCCUCUCUCUCGCUCGCUCUCUCUCGGCUACACCGAGGGACUCGCGUCGUGUCCGUGUGCGUAUCCUCAGAACCAAGCGUCUUCCUCCAGAACCGCUACUCAAGGUGCACUACUGAGUUCAGAGGUCAAACGUCCAUCCAUUUUUUUUUUUUGCUCUGUGUCAUGAACAUUAAAAAAAAACAAAAAAAAAAAAACGAAUAGUUGAAACCAAAGUGCUGCUGGUCCGUUCGAGGAUGAUGUUUUUUGUUUUGUUUUUUAAAUUUUUCUUUUAUUUUAUACAGAGAUUUAUUUGAUAACCAAUAAACGGAGACUUUCAGAUGGAGAGCUCUGAGAUAUAUUUUCAGAGUUUAUAUAUAUAUGUUUGUGUCAACUGCAACAAGUUUACUGAAAUUGUU